CGGGGUUCGUGUGGCUCGUAGGCUCGGCCGGUGCGUCAGUUAGGCUCGAGAUACCCGCGAGAACGGAACGUUGGGUGGUUGCUUCCCUCGAGUUCGGUACGUACAUUCGAUGCGCCCUCUCCAUCAACCCCUGCCCGCCUAGCAAGAGUCUCUCUCACUCGAGGCAGUGUCGCGUACAGUGUCGUACGGGGAGUAUUGGUCUGUCCGUCCGGUUCCUCGACAUUCGGAGUUUUCGUCGACAACCCUCGUGUUUCGAUUUGUGCCGUUUCCAACGAGCCGAAGAGGGCGACGCAGGAGCACGGCAUACGAAGGAGUUUAGGAGGAGGAGGCGGAGAGGUUCCGGCGAGUUUUCACAGGGAGCAAAUCCCUUUGGAAGACCGAACUCCGAAGAAGACAGUGGAGGCUACGCUACGUUAAGAGCCAAGUAUCCACGGUGCGACUACCCGAGGAUCCAGGCGCGCCAUAAUGGCGGAGGUGGCGACGAAGAAAUCGAUCAACGUCGUAAGUAGCAAGAAGAACGAAGUGUGCGGUGUGCAAUCUAACAACGGUUUGCUAGAUUUGGAUAACAUAACCGCGAGUAACAACCAAUUAAUCACGUUGUGCGACACCAACGAUGACGAAGACGACUUAAUCAUGACUAACAAUACGCGUAACGAGCUAAACAGCGACGACAAGAGUCUACAGGAGCUGAUCGAGAGCGAGUUGGCAUUGAGGAUCUGCUCCAGCACCGAGGAGGAGACGAUCGUCGACGCCAACGACCGACAGGCAUCGACGAACGAACCGGAAACUGUAAAAAGAAUCGUGCUCGACAGGCGACAGGAGUCCGUCGACGCAAACACGGAGUUCAUCGUCGCGGAGAGCGAACAUCGUUCGUUGAUCGAGGAACCGUACAGUUAUCAGAACGGUCACGUGUCACCCGAUACCAAGAUCUCGGGUUCCUCCUACGAUGAGAACGUCAAGCCGGAGCCGGUUGCUGUAGGUUUUCGGGACGAAGAGGAGGAGCAGGUAUUUAGCGAACAACCGGAAGUUGGCAGCACGAUUGUCAUUCGGAAAACAACGUCGGACGAGAUCGAUCGGUCCACGCGUGACUCUGCGGACGAUGACGGAUCAUUCCCACGGAAUGAGGACAACGAAGAUCCGUGUUCGCCGUAUCCCGUCCUUCGGAUCGCGGACCCCGCGGAGAAAUCACCGGAAAUGUCGAACGUAACCGACGAGUCCAUCGCGUCGACCCACGAGUCCAUCGUCGAUCGGAUAACCUCCAAUCCCAUCGCGCGCCUCGACAAGUACCAAGAUGAAGAAGAGGUCCAGACCAAGUUGAUAGAGUUCGCGGGGUCGGACAUCGUGCAGGCCGACGCCGAGCCUAUCGAGGAGGACGAGUCGCGAUCGACAAACGUUUUGGACCACUGGACAGAACGAGUAACGUGUCUAGAUGGCGAACAGGCUGAACAGCUAUUGUGUGAAUUCGAUCGAUGCCAGACUAACAGCGAGACGUGCGCAACCGACCAACUCGUCGAGGAGUCUUCGUUGCCCGAUGUCAACAAUCCCGGUGACUCUUCCGUAUCCGUAAUGGCCGAAUCCGGCAAGGAACAAGACGCGGAAAUCGACGGUAACGAGCUUCCAGUGGGGGAAGAAUCCAAAGUAUCGUUCGACGAUAAAUCAUCCAGCUCGGUCGACGAGAAAAUUCCCGAAGAUCUCGAGGAGCGUUCGACUUUUGCGAAACCUGGCGAGGAACUAGAGCCAGAACCAGAACCAGAACCAGUACCAGAAUCAGAACAGGAAACGGAAACGGAACCUGAACCGGAAGGAGAAGCUCAGGGUUCGUCUAUGGCGGAGUCGAGAAGCUUCGACGACGGUACCUUAAGUCAUUCGGAAGCGUCGACCGACGCGGCCAGUACUCAAGAAUUCAUAGACACGGAACGCCGAGUUUUGAGCGAGGAAUGCAGCGAUCGACACUUCCAAGAGGACCUUCAGUCGUACGAAAGCCUGUCGCCGGGAAAAACUGAUCCGCGGAUGAGAAACUCGCUCGGCGAGGACGAAGAAAUCGGUGCCAAGGAGGAGGAAAUGAAAGAGGAAGCGAACGAUAACGCGGACGAACAGAACGCGAUUGCGGAAUCGUCCAGUGAACUCUCGGUCUCCGAGCCCACGUUCAUCGAGAAGACCGAAGUAGUAAUAUCCGAGAGUAGCGUGACAAUUGUCUCGGAGACAAAGUAUCUCGAGUCCGGAAACGACUCGGAACUGACGGUUGACGACCACGCGGAGGACCAAAACCUCGACUCUCCAACUCGCGCCGUUGCACCUCUUGCUACCCCGGACGACGAAGCCAGCGACUCUUCUAACACGUGUGACAGUGAAAGCCGCGAGGAGACGAUCACAACGACGACAUCCGUGGUCACUUCGUCGAGCGCGAAGGGUGGAACCAAGACAAAGAAGAAGAAGAUCGAGGGCGUUGCUGGUAACGAUGCCUCGCCAAAUCUCACUCCGCGAACAAAGAAAACCAAAAAGAGCAAGAAAAGCGAACUCGAGAAGGAGAACAUCUCCGUGAACUGUAACUUACGAGAGCCAAGCAUGCACACCGGUUCCCGGCAAAUGCAUCUGGAAACGCUCGAUUUUUCGAACGAGGACGAUCUGUCGAACGUGAACGUCAAAUCUCUGACACAGACUUAUGUAUCGGAAGCGAGUCGCCACGAGCAGGAUCGAUCGAUGAAGGAAAAAAUCGCAACCGGAGUAUCGAUCAAGCAGUUGUGUCGUAGCUUUGGCGACAUCUCGAGCAUGAGCGACGGCGAUCAGACAACGUACGGGAAAACCAAUCGCACGAUGGAAACCGAGGAGAAAGCAAGGUCGCUGGGUGAUCUGCGAGUAUGCGAGAGGGGUUACUCCAAGUUCACCAAAGACGCACUCGUCUUCGCCGGGGUGUCGGUCAAGGCCCUCAGGGCUUCCUACUGUAGUUUGGCAAACUUAACGAACGAGGGUAAGGACACGGAUCGGCCGAGGUUCGAGAAAUCGAGCUUCAAUAAAUUCGACGCUCUGAGCAAGAAGACGGUGCUGCAUGUGCGCUCGAUCGACGCGGGUAAAGUUCAACAGCAGCUGAACGCCCAGGUGGGUCAGAAUGGCGACACGAAUCCGAACUGCCGCAGUUGCGGCAAGGUCGUCUUCCAAAUGGAACAGACAAAGGCCGAGGGUCUGGUCUGGCACAAGAAUUGCUUCCGGUGCGUCCAGUGUAGCAAACAGCUUAACGUCGACAAUUACGAGAGCCACGAGAGCACGCUUUAUUGUAAGCCACACUUCAAGGAGCUCUUCCAACCGAAACCGGUUGAAGAGUCCGACCAGCCUGCGCGACCUCGAAAGCCGGAGCUGAUCAUUAGGGAGAACGAGCCGAAAGAGCUGCCGCCUGACGUGGUCAGAGCCUCCGACAAACCGGACCUGGGCCUCGAAGAACUAUCGAGCCUGAACGUCAAGUCCCGGUUCCAAGUAUUCGAAAAGGCUGGCACGGAGGCGAACGAGAUCGAAAGGUCACCGUCGCAGAUCGCGGUGAAGAGAUCACCGAGUAUCCUCAGCAAACUCGCUAAAUUCCAGGCCAAAGGCAUGGAUAUCGGAGUGGCGGACGAAUCGCUGAAUGGAAUCCCUUACGAGGAGUCGAGCGAGAGCGAGGAAGAAGAAGAGGCCGAGGAGUCGGAGGAAAUGGAGAGUGAAAUCGUGAAGGCGAAACGCACUACUCGCGAGCGUCCGAUAAGCUUCACCAAAAUGGACGACAUAAAGAACCGUUGGGAGUCUACCAGUCAGCAAGGCAGACGCGAAGUGCAACGAGAAGCCAGGAAAGAAGAGAUCGCCGGGAUUCGAUCGCGGCUGUUCAUGGGCAAGCAGGGUAAAAUGAAGGAGAUGUACCAACAGGCGGUGGCCGGAAGCGAGCGCGUGACAAAGAUCAACGCGGCCGAAGAGAUCCAGCACUCCUCCACCCACGCUCGUUCUAUCAAAGAGCGAUUCGAAAGGGGCGAGCCCAUUGCCGCCUCCGAUGACGAGACGGACGGUAAACCGAAACCGGAGAAGGCUGACGAGGAAGUAAUAGCGGCAGGAAUUAGCAGAAAAUCUAGGUCGCUGUUUCUGGAACUGGAUGCUUCGGCAGCGAAAACCGGACGACCCGUAACACCUGUAAACGCGAAGACGCCUGCGGAAACGCCACGUCGCGCGAGAGACGCAUUUAUGGGACGCCAAGUCUCGGAGGAUGUGGUGCGCAGCUCGGACACAGCCGAAGAGGUUCACGUCGAGACCUCGGACAUUUCGAACAAAUUUAAAUUCUUCGAGUCCUACCAGGAACCACAAAAAGAGCGGAAGAAGUUUCGUAUUACUCCUCCGCGCGACGGACAAGUAAAGAUGGAAUCCCCUGAACGUGAAAUCUAUCGCGACCCAGACGUGGUCAGAGCCGACGACAGAGUGGACGAAGUAGUGCACACGGACACCGCCAGAAAGAUGCUCUCGAUCUUUAGGCAAAUGGAGGAGAACGCGACCAAGAAGGAGUUGCCAAACGGUCCUAAACCUUUGAAACGCUUCACGCCACCGCCGGAGGAUAAAUUCGCGAAACCAACGGCGUCGGACUCUGAGGAAGAGGAAGAAGAGGAAGGGGACGAGUCCGAAGGCGAGGACAGCAACGAGGAAAGGGAUCCCAACUACGUGCGAGCUUCGGAUAAGGUGGAGGAUGAGUUCCUGAAACAAGCGCAAAACGCUGCGCGUGCGAAGACCCUGUGCGCGAAAUUUGAGCGCUGGGAGGAGACGGACGGAAAAACGAUGGCGAGUAACCAAAACAUUGCAGAGAUGGAAAUCGCUCAGAAUACCGGCGACCAACUCAGCAUAGAGUCCGCGAGUAGUCUCAGAGCUCGUUUCGAGUCCCUCGGCUCGCAACCGACCGAGUCGCACCGCACACCGAAAGUGAAGGUCAAUCGAUUUGUGUAAAGGACAAGGGAUGUCGAGCUGCCGAGGUCCGAGGAUGCGGAAUAUAAGGGCCAAUGGAAAGGAAGCGAAAAGUCAGACGAACGACGCACGCAACGAGGAUACGAAUUCGGUUGGAAUCUUGCGCUUCGGAGGAACAACGGUCGAUGUUCAUUGUUGUCCGAAUCGUCGUGCGAUUUUUACUAGUUUUGUCCCCUCUUUUUGAAAAAUCUUUUCCGACAAGCGUUCUUUUAUCGAAUCUAGCAUAGAUCGUAUAUCGCAUUUCAUCGCGAACGACGCAACAAACGAGGCGGUAUACGUCGAGCGCUCCUCUUCUUAUAACUCUGUAGAUUUAAUAGAUACGUUAAGCAGGUAUAGCGAUGGAAUUGAAACUCUCCGUGUAACAAUAAGGUUCUGUCCGUGUUCUGUGGUCGCACGAAUGCACGGUCUCGCGGUCUAAUAGAAAUCGGUGCCUAAAUUUUACUCGGAGCACUCGAUGUAUUUCCCGCUCGCUUCGCAUCACUCGAAUGUGUCGACGCGCGAAAGUUGGCCGCAAAAUGCGAUUUUUCGAAUCAGUCUUUUUACACGUGAACAUUUACAAUACUUUUCGAUAUGUAUACAGAGAGCGUUUGUAAGACGAGAUUCUGGCGGACGAUGCUUUCAGCGACACGGACAGACGAAACGACAGCGAUAAGACGUUGGUUAUUUCGAUCGAGUGUGCCAAACUAAAUCUCCACCGUCGAAUGCAUUAGUUCUUCGCAGCAAGCAAGAAUUUGUAUCACCGCGACUCGAACCCAAAGUAAUCAACGAUCACGCAUAGGUGCCAAAUUCGUCCAAUAGGUAACAAAUUCUCCGGUAUCUACUCGCGUCGCUACGAACAUCGUCUCUAGGCAAACAUUUUUAUUUUUGCGAGUACAAAGCGAACAUCGCAGAGGGAGAAAAGUUUGUUAAUAUGAACGCGACCAAGCUUUUCGGGCACGUUACAGAGUUUCGAGUGUUUGUACCGUUUGUUAGACGUAGGACGCGUAAAGGCGGUAGAAGAGCCAGGGAACGAGAAGAAUAGGAAAGAAUCGGUCAACGAAACGAAAGAAACAAGACUUUUCUACUCUUCGCAUACGUAGAACUCGACGAUCCUUUUCACCGGUGCGAUCUACAAACUCCCAAUACACGCACGUCUUUUCUACCAAAGAGAAUAUUUAUAUUACGAAGAAACACGCCAACUAUUAGUACGAUCGGUAAGCAGAACGAUCGAACGUAUUCGAAGCGUACGUGUGGCGCUACCGUUGCUAGCUAAAGAGAACGGUCUUGGAACGAUUGUCGGUGGUAGGCUGCUCGAAAUACCGAUCUCUCUUUUCUACGCGCGGAGUCGAGGAGCGUUCCAUACGAUAUUCCUCGGGACACAUUCACGUUAGAUUUCAUCGGUACAUUCCAACCAGAACCGGUGAAAAUGCUUCAUGAAAUCGAGACUUGCGAGUACGCGAGGGGGUCCAAAGAAUCCAGUGUCAGUUUUCGAGCUCCUUGUCGUACGAUCCAGCCAGUGAAUUGAACAAUUCGGAAAAAUGAUCGUUCCUUCUGUGUACUACGGAGAAAAGACCUGCCUCGAAUCUAUGAGACGAGUACAUACCGAAUAAUAAGCUUUUUAUAAUUUUUGUAUAAUGUUCGAUGGAUGGACGAUACGAGGGAGCCUCGCUAUAGUUCGUAGAGUUUAGGGUCUUCAGCGGUGGUAUCGCCACCCCAUAGCGAGGACUGGUAUUAAAUUUCUUCGCUAUUGCCAACGCGAACGCACACGAUACGCAUACAUAAACGUAAUACAUACGUGUAUGUAUGAGUAUGUAUGUGUAUGUGUGUGAAUCUCUGUGUAUGUGUGUGCGCGCGCGCGCGCGUGUGUGUGUGAGAGAGAGAGAGAGUAUAUAUACACAUAUACAUAUAUACAUCAUUGAUAUAGAAAAACAACACGUAUAUCGAUCCCCUGAACCAUUUACGCGAGAACAUCCCCUGAAAUUGGUUUCGAUCGUUGGUUGGAAGCUGCUUAAAAUUCGUCCACGAGCGCCAAGAGAAUUGCAUCGAAGAAGCGAGAAUAGAAAACGAUUCAAGGUAGAAUUUCAGGGUUUAUCGAGUCGAUCGAUAGCUCGAUAAGGUGCAAGAUUAAGAGGCAUUACUGAUUUUUUUUUCUUUUUUUUUUCUAUAAAAAUCUUAAGUACUAUAUAGAGAAAACGAGAUCAAAAAGUAUAGAUUGUAUACGUAUAUUCUCUACACGAUUUCAUCUAACUUGUUCAUUUCUAUUUUAUUAAUAAAAAUCGAUAAAGAGCUUCUCCUUAAUCGAUGGAAUUCAGUGCAAUAAUUUUAACGAAACAUUGUUAUCGACACGAUGUGAACGUAACGCGAUUGUUUGUUGUUAAUUGCCAAGAAGAGUAUUUAUAUAUCUGCGAGCAGUUAAUUCGUAAGACCGAUCGCUUAGAUUCGCGGCCUACUCGAGCCGAGAUGAUUUUACCGUAGACUUUCGUUUGCGUCUUGGGUUGUAUAAUUCUUAGCGACUUAUGAUAAUCUUGUUCUUUACCUUUUACCUUUCACGUGUAACGAUUUAUUACGAUCGUAUUACAAACGAUAAAUAAAAGGGCACAUCCUGACGAAAAAGAAAAAUAA